AUGGCAGACGACAUAAACAGCGUGAUUGAGCAUGGCCUCAGCGAUCAUACAGGCUCGAUACAGACCCUGGAGCUGGCAGCGAGGUGGCUUAAUGAAUGUAUCCAGAAACACAAUAGAUGCGCUGCAGCCCGAGAAGCCCCAUCUUAUCCCACUAGGCUCCUUUUCUUAGGAGACGAGGACGAAAGCGGCAAUUCGCAGAUGAAGCUACACUGUCCCGAGGACCUAGAACCUGGCCAUCCGUACGCAACGUUGAGCCAUUGCUGGGGAACCACCAAACCACUACAGCUGCUGACAUGCAACUUGGACGCGCUCCGCAAGGAUAUCCCGCUGAGAUCUUUGCCGAAGACUUUUCAAGAUGCAGUCCGGAUUGCAAGGCAUCUCGAUUUGACUUACAUUUGGAUCGAUUCCUUGUGCAUAGUCCAAGACUCGCGAGAGGACUGGGAAAGGGAGGCCGCCCGGAUGGAAGCUGUGUACAGGAAUUCCGCCUGUAAUAUAGCUGCUGCUGAUGCUAGUAAUGGCACCGAAGGAUGUUUAUAUCCUCGAAACCCUCGCUGGAUUGUACCGGUAAAAAUCCCGGUGCGUGGAACAUCCCGAAGGUCUCCAAAGUAUCUCGCCAAUCAAACAAAUCUCUUCUCCAGCCAUACGCUAUACAGCAGAGGAUGGGUACUGCAAGAGCUGCUCCUCGCACCGCGAACGCUAAAUUGCGGUAAGGCUCAGCUGUUCUGGGACUGCCAGGAGUUGCACGCUUCGGAGAUCUUACUUGAAGGGAGAUCAGACUCGUCCUGGUCGAACGGGCAUCCCGCAUCGAGGUUUCUGCGCUAUUCCUCGAAGACCGGAGAACACGUAUUGAGUGCCUCAUUAAUCGAAGAGACCCUAACCGCCAGUUUUCUUGCUGGACACAGCUUCGCUGUCCCUACGAUACACGCCAAUGAAGCUUUCAGCCACUGGGCUAGUGUGGUUGGAGCGUACACGGCUAUGAACCUGACGAAGCCUGACGACAAAUUCGUGGCUUUGUCUGGUAUCGUCUCUAUCUUCCGAAGGUAUCUUGGGGAGUAUCUCGCGGGCCUCUGGCGCAUAUGGCUGCCGUGCGAGUUGCUUUGGUGCACCUCUGAACCCGCAUCCCGACCAGACACGUACCGCGCUCCAUCUUGGUCGUGGGCUUCGACAAAUAGUAGAGUUACCUACGCCUUCUGUUCUAUGAGCGCAAGAUACGCCUUUCUGGCCGAUGUCAUCGACGUCUGUGUCACUUACGAUAACCAUCACAAGUCCAGCCUGGUAACUGGCGCGGAGCUUCGCCUCAAGGGCAAGCUUGCCCGAGCAAGCUGGUCACGCAUCCCAGGCAGAGAAUAUCGUCACAACCUCAUGAACUCACACGACCUCAGCGACAGCCCAGAAUCGUCGCCGGGGCGGUGCGCAAUAGUAUAUUUCGACGAACACGUGGAAGAUCAGGAUCGAUCGCCAGACAUAUGGAGCCUGCCUAUCGGAUGCCGGCGUAGAGGAGAUACUGCGACAUAUGGGCUCGUCCUCGACAAGGUGGAUGAGCGGACUUUCAGGCGUGUAGGCAUAUUCCGGGAUUCUAAUGGCUGUCUCGCGUCCAGGUUCGAAAGGCUGCCGCGGACCGUAGUUACUAUCAUAUGA